GCGGCCGAACCUCCUGCCCUUCUGGCACCAAGUGCGGGCUCCGGAUUUAAAGCGCGCACUGCGGGGCGGUGGUCGAGUUCCUGGACGGGGACAAUGGAGAGCACGCUGGCGCAGGUGCCCCAGCUGCCACCGCACGACCCGGGGACGCCGGCGCUGUCAGUGGUGGACAUGCACACGGGAGGCGAGCCUCUGCGCAUCGUGCUGGCGGGGUGUCCGGAGGUAUCCGGCCCCACGCUGCUGGCCAAGCGGCGCUACAUGCGCCAGCACCUUGACCACGUGCGGCGACGGCUUAUGUUCGAGCCCCGGGGCCACCGGGACAUGUACGGGGCCGUGCUGGUGCCUAGCGAGCUGCCAGACGCGCACUUGGGCGUCCUGUUCCUGCACAACGAGGGCUACAGUUCCAUGUGCGGCCACGCCGUGCUGGCGCUGGGCCGCUUCGCGCUCGACUUCGGACUGGUGCCGGCGCCCUCGGCUGGCGCCCGCGAGGUCCGCGUCAACAUCCACUGCCCGUGCGGGCUGGUGGCCGCCUUCGUGGAGUGCGAGGGCGGCCGCAGCCGCGGCCCGGUGCGCUUCCACAGCGUCCCGGCCUUCGCGCUGGCCACAGAUCUCUCAGUGGAAGUUCCCGGUCAUGGAAAGGUGGUGGUGGACAUUGCAUAUGGGGGCGCAUUUUAUGCAUUUGUUAGCGCUGAAAAGUUAGGACUCGAUGUUUGUUCUGCAAAGACACGGGACCUUGUGGAUGCAGCGAGUGCAGUGACCGAAGCAGUGAAAGCUCAGUUUAAAAUUACUCAUCCUGAUAGUGAAGACCUUGCCUUUCUUUAUGGAACUAUAUUAACAGAUGGAAAAGACGCGUAUAGCAAGGAUCCAACCACCAACAUCUGUGUGUUUGCAGAUGAACAGGUUGACAGAAGUCCUACUGGCUCCGGAGUGACAGCCCGAAUUGCCCUGCAGUAUCACAAAGGGCUUCUAGAACUGAACCAGACCAGAGCCUUUAAAAGCAGUGCAACUGGCUCAGUGUUCACUGGGAAGGCUGUGAGGGAAGCAAAAUGUGGUGCUUUUAAUGCUGUUAUAGUGGAAGUAUCCGGACAAGCCCAUUACACGGGUACAGCAAGUUUUAUAGUAGAAGACGACGACCCACUGAGGGAUGGAUUUCUUCUCAAGUGACUUCUUUGACUUUUAAGGUGUUUCUUUUUAAAACAAUUAUUUUCUAUAACUAAUUUGUCUCUGAAUUAUGUGGAAAUCUAUAUCUAAAUUGUACAUGUAA